CCGCCCCCCCGGGGCCCUGCCUCCCGCUGGCAGAGCCAUGAAGCUGCAGGCAGUGAUGGAGAACCUGCAGCGACAGCAGCGCGCCCGGCUGCAGCAGGCUCUGGAAGCACGGCAGCAGGAGCAGCAGCAGCAGCAGCAGCAACGCUCCACACCCCCCCCGGCGCAGCCCCCACCGGCCUCAGGACAGACCCCUGCCCGGGGACGAGGCCCUGAUUUGGCCCCAGCCCCUUUGGAGGAAGGCACGGAACCUGAGAGCGCUCACAUCCAGAGGGCACAGAUGGCUGCCCUGGCUGCCAUGCGGGCCGCAGCCGCCGGCCUCAGCCACUCAUCCAGCCCAGGGCUGUCGGAGGAGAGCCAGGAGGAGGAGGAACGUGGUGAGGAGGAGGAAGAGGAAGAAGAUGGUGGUGGCUACCAGCAGGAGAUGGGCUCUGAGGAGGAGGAGGACCUGAAGGGCAAAUGGGAUGAAGAAGAAUUUGAAGAGGACCUGGGCGAGGAGGAGGAGGAGGAGGAAGAAGAAGAAGAAGAGGAAGAAGAGGAGGAGGAAGAAGAAGAGGAAGACUAUGAGGAGGAGGAAGACAUGGGCGAGGAGGGGCUGGGCUCAGCGGAGGCGGUGCGGACAGGCACGGGGUCCCUGCUGCUCCGAAAGCCGCCGGCACCUCAGCACUGCCGGGGUGAAGCACAGCGGCUGCCGGGCGCACAGGAGCGACUCCCAGCUGGACUGGGCCCCCAGGGCCACGCACAGCUCCCACAGCCUGCACCCGACCACGGCGACUGGACCUACGAGGAGCAGUUCAAGCAGCUGUAUGAGUUGGACGGUGACCCCCGGAGGAAGGAGUUCCUGGACGACCUCUUCAGCUUCAUGCAGAAACGAGGGACCCCCGUGAACCGGAUCCCCAUCAUGGCCAAGCAGGUGCUGGAUCUGUACAUGCUCUACAUGCUGGUGACGGAGAAGGGAGGCCUGGUGGAGGUCAUCAACAAGAAGCUGUGGCGAGAGAUCACCAAGGGGCUCAACCUGCCCACCUCCAUCACCAGCGCGGCCUUCACGCUCCGCACCCAGUACAUGAAGUACCUGUACCCCUAUGAAUGUGAGAAGCGGGGCCUGAGCAACCCCAACGAGCUGCAGGCGGCCAUUGACAGCAACCGAAGGGAGGGCCGCCGGCAGGGAUUUGGCAGCUCACUCUUCACUUACUCACCUGGUGGCACCCAUGGGCUCCUCUCCUCACCCAAGCUGCCGGUGCCAGCCCUGGGAUUGGCCUCAGCCACCAACGGCGGUGCCAUCGCUCCCGUCCAGAAGAUCAAGAAAGAGGAGGACGCACCCAUCCCCAUCUCCAUGCCCAGCCGGCUGCCAGUGUCACUGGCCGGACACCCAGUGGUGGCAGCUCAAGCUGCAGCCGUGCAGGUGGCAGCAGCAGCCCAGGCCGUGGCACUGGAGCAGCUGCGGGAGAAGCUGGAAUCAGGGGAACCCCCAGAGAAGAAAAUGGCACUGGUGACAGACGAGCAGCAGCGGCUGAUGCAGCGUGCCCUGCAGCAAAACCUCCUGGCCAUGACAGCACAGCUGCCCAUGAGCAUCCGCAUCAACAGCCAGGGCACGCGCUCGCCAGAGAACCGCCAGGACACCUCCAGCAGCACAGCCAACAACGGCACCAACAGCAUCAGCAUGUCGGUUGAGAUCAACGGUAUCGUCUACACAGGUGUGCUGUUCGCCCAGACGCCCGGCCCUUCCUCCUCCUCUUCCUCGUCCUCCUCCUCCUACAGCAAAGGCAACGGCGGCAGCCGCGGCGGCGGCGACAAAGGCACCAACAGCAGCGGGACGGGGGGCAGUGGGAGCAGCAUGGGCAGCGUCCCCCCCGCUGCUCCCCCCGCCGUGCCUGUGCCCCCCC